AUGGCUACAGAGCCUCUAUACCCUGCUUACCUCCCUGUACGGCCAGAGGGCUUCACACCAACCCUAGACAUUCCACUCUUCGAAACAGAAGAGCCGGGCCUACGAGCCGAUCCAGAAUUACCAGAGAUUCGAUCGUCAAAAACUGCCUUGAAAAAUGUUACGCCGCGCGUUGGAACCGAAAUUCGCGGCCUUCAGCUGAGCCAGCUGACUCCGGCAGGUUUGGAUCAACUAGCACUCCUGGCAGCUCAGCGGGGUGUCCUUGUACUUCGAGACCAGGAUUUUGCCGACAUAGGGCCGGAGAGGCAGUUGACAAUUGCGAGAAACUUUGGUCCCCUUCACAAACAUCCGACGAUGGGCUACCCCAAAGGCACCGGGCCGGAGUUUCAGGUAGUCUACGCGGACGAGAAAGUAGGAAACCUCCGUGAUCUUCUGGGCUCACAGACGAACUACGACCUGUGGCACAUCGACCAAACCUUCACCCCGAAUACACCCGGUGCGACCCUCUUCUGGGUCCUCGAGAUCCCCGCAUCAGGCGGAGGUGAUACGGCCUUUACGUCGUUGACGGCAGCCUAUCAAGCCCUCUCGCCUCCAUUCCGCGAAGGCCUCCAUAGCCUGAAGCUCCUACAUACUAGUGCAAGCGUUGGAGAAGUUGCUAGGGUAGGUCAAGAGCGAGCUCUCAAGGAGGCCGUCAAGACAGAGCACCCGCUGGUCAUAUCGCAUCCGGUGACGAAGGAGCCAGUGUUGUUUGUAAACCCGACCAUCGCUCGUCAAGUUGUGGGGUAUAAGCCGAGUGAGUCAAAUCUAUUGUUGGGCUUCCUGCACGAUCAUAUCCGGUCAUUAGACUUCUCUUGUCGAGUAUCUUGGGAGAAAGGGACGGUUGUCGUCUGGGACCAGAGAACAGUCGCUCACUCGGCAGUUCCGGACUUCAAAGAUGGAGAGCGCCGCCAUAUGGUCCGUAUUAUUCCGUACGGAAGCCAGCCCCAACCUCUGUAA